AUGAUAUCAUUGGUGGCUAUUGCUACGUUCGCCUCAGCAUUCUUCUCGCUUGUGGACAGUUCCUUGUUGGUAGUUCCGCGGAAACCGCGAAUCAUUGGCGGAACCAAUGCAUCCCUGGACGAUUUCCCGUACAUGGUGUCGAUCCGUUUGAAAGCUUUGGAGACCACAGGCUUCGGCGAUGGCUUCUUCUGCCAUGGAGUGCUCGUUUCUCCGAAGGCCGUUCUAACCAGCACGGAUUGCGUCCUGAACGGGAGUGGACCUCGAACGCCGGAAGAGCUGAGUUUGGUUCUAGGGACUGCGUCGAGAACCAAUGCUAGCGGUGCUUUUUGGGUGCAGCCGGAGCAGAUUUGGAUCGAUCGUGACCGACGGUUGGCCGUUAUAAAGUUGGCCCAGGAAGUCCUCCAUUCGAGGCCAAUAGUUCUGAACGAAUUCCACCAGGAUGAUGGUAAACAGUGCAUUCUGAUGGGAUGGGGAGCAAACAGUACCGAUGGAAAACCCAUGGAAACACUUCAGGAAGUUUAUGUGAGAAUCGUCAGCGAAAAAUGUCCAAAGGAUUUGAUUUGCGCCGGCGAAAACUCAGCUGGAGGGAACGCGGGAAUUUGCUUUUGGGAUACUGGGGUGCCCUUGCUAUGUGACGGUUCACUAUCAGGAAUUUAUGUCGGCAGACCGGACCACUGUGGAAUGGAGAUGGCCAACUUUGCCAGUGUUCGUGGCCAUUGGGAUUGGAUUGGAUCGCAAAUAGCUCUAGCGAAUGAGGCAAGUUCUAGACUAGCUAACUUUUGGUGGAUUCUGAUUUUGAGUGUAGUAAUGAUAAUGAAAAACAAGACUCUCAUGCAAAUAAAGUAGAAUAACAUAAAAGAA